AUGGCUUCUAAAAGUGUGAAUUUGGCCGUUAUCGGCGCUGGUGUCGUCGGAUCCAGUUUUUUGAAACAAGUGAGCGGAGUUAAGUCCAACAUCUCCUACAAUUUGAUCCUGAUUGCUACCUCCGAUAAUUUCUUAAUCUCGAGGGAUUACAAACCAUUGAGUCUGUCCACCUGGGAGUCGGAUCUCACCAGCAGCAAAGACUCACCACUGCCAUUGGAAGGCAUCUUAGAAUACUUGAAGAAAUCCUCAUCUCCUGUGAUUUUCGUUGACAACACCUCAAACCAAACAAUCGCGGAGUUUUACCCACAACUUGUUCAAAACGGAAUUUCUAUCGCAACACCAAACAAAAAAGGGUUCUCCUCAGAUCUUUCGUUGUGGAACAAAAUUUUCCAAGAAGGCCCUAACGCCGGUCUUGUCUACCACGAAGCCACCGUUGGUGCUGGCUUACCAAUCAUUGGUCCUUUGAGGGACAUGGUUCAAACUGGAGACAAAAUUGUUAAGAUUGAAGGCAUCUUCUCCGGUUCUCUGUCUUUCAUUUUGAAUGAGUUCUCUACGAUUUCUGGUAACGACUCUAAGUUCUCCGACAUUGUGAAGGUCGCCAAAAACCUAGGCUACACCGAACCUGAUCCAAGAGAUGACUUGAACGGUUUGGAUGUUGCAAGAAAAGUCACUAUUUUGGCGCGUAUUGCAGGUUUUAAAGUCGAGUCACCAUCGUCCUUCCCUGUGAAAUCAUUGAUUCCAAAGCCUCUGGAAUCUGUUGCUUCAGGGAAAGAAUACCUAGAGAAGCUGCCUGCUUACGACCACGAAAUGGAUGAGCUGAAGAAGGAGGCUGCGGCCGAAAACAAGGUUCUUAGAUUUGUUGGUAAGGUUGAUUUCCCUAACAACACUGUUUCUGUGGCCAUGGAGAAGUAUGAUUUCUCCCAUCCAUUUGCUUCCCUGAAGGGCUCUGAUAACGUUAUCUCCAUCCAAACUGAGCGUUACACCCAACCAGUUAUUGUCCAGGGUGCUGGUGCUGGCUCUGAGGUUACUGCGGCCGGUGUAUUGGCCGACGUUUUCAGAAUUGCGGAACGGAUUUAA